UUUCGUUUUGGCCAGACUGUUGAAGAACAAGUUGGCAGCACUGGUUCGAGCAGCUCAAAAAUGCAGCUCUCGUGAAAUAAUUUUAGAAUUUCUUAUUUGUAAUUUUACGUAGUGUGGGCCAGAACUAGCAUAUAUAAAUUAGUGCACUGGCACGUAUAGAGAUGAUUAGUGCGUGAAGGAGGUAGUAGUUGGACCAACCGCGGUUAGUUAGCUCCGAUUCCUCCGCUGCCAGCAGAGCACCGCAAUCGAUUUUUAUUCGAGGCGAAUGCUGUGGAAUUUCCCAUCCAACUUUCCCACACUCUGAAUUCCGGCGGCGGCAUUUAGCGAAACACAAUGAAGGACGGCGGUCACAUAACGCUCACACUCCCGCCGGGAGCAGCGGCGACGGCGGACGAGCGGGGCAGGAAGAGCCUGCGGCGGGCUUGGAAUCAGCUGCCGCGUUGUCAGCGCAAUCUCAUUAUUCUGGGCAUCACCGGAUUCUGCGUGACAGUGUUGCUCUGCCUAAGUGGCGAUCAGCUGCUGGCCGCCAGUUUAAAGGAUGUGGACACCAAGGCCGAGGUAGUUGCAUAUCAAAUGCCCCUGCCGAAUCCGCACCAUCAUCCGGGCGUGGAUAAGGAUGUGCCCAAAGACACGGCGGCAGGACUUCCCCAGGCCGUGACAAUGUCUGUGGCCUUGCCUCCGCCCGAUAGUAACAAGGAGCAGGACAUCGGUGGAAUCGACAUCCUAAACAAUGUAGAGGAGCCCGUCGCCCAGGAGCAAGCAGAGCCGCUAAGCGAGGGCGAACAGCUUGAGCAAGCCAUCAAGAACCCACUCACUUUGGGCGGCGUUAGCUUUAAAGAGCAUCUCAAAAAGAUCAAGCCCCUUCUAGCCAAGGGCCAGCACUUCCAUGGCGCCACCAACGAACGACAGUCGGCUGUUGUGGCCGCCUUCAAACACUCUUGGGCGGGCUACAAGAAGUAUGCAUGGGGACACGACAACCUGAAGCCCAUCUCCCAGUACUCCCACGAGUGGUUCGGUCUGGGACUAACCAUUGUUGACUCAUUGGACACUAUGUACAUAAUGGGACUGGAUGAUGAAUUCAAGGAAGGACGCGACUGGGUAGAGCAAUCACUGCGCUUUGAUACCAAGCGCGAUGUAAACCUUUUCGAGGUCACCAUACGUGUCCUAGGCGGACUGCUGUCUGCAUAUCACCUGAGCGGCGACACAAUGUUUCUGGCCAAGGCUGCAGAGCUGGGCAACCGUUUACUUCCCGCCUUUCAAUCGCCGUCAAAUAUCCCCUAUUCAGAUGUGAAUCUCGGGGAUCUUUCGGCGCAUUCGCCCAAGUGGUCCCCUGAUAGCUCCACCAGUGAGGUCACCACCAUUCAGCUAGAGUUUCGUGAUUUGAGUCGUUCUACAAACAUCUCCAUUUAUGAACAGGUUGCUCACAAAGUAAACGAGAAGGUGCAUGAUCUGGAGAAGAAUCAUGGUUUGGUGCCCAUAUUCAUUAACGCCAACACAGGAACAUUCCGAAACUAUGCCACUAUCUCGCUUGGUGCUCGUGGAGACUCCUACUAUGAGUACUUGCUCAAACAGUGGAUUCAGACCGGCCGCAGGGAUAAUGAUAACCUUAUUUUGGACUACAUGCAAGCAGUCGAUGGAGUUCUAACACAACUGAUGCGGCGCACGCCACGAGAGCACUGGGUUUACAUAGGCGAGCUGAUCAAUGGCAAAGACUUUAAGCCGAAAAUGGAUCAUCUUACGUGCUAUCUGCCGGGCACUUUGAUUCUGGGUCACCAGAACGGGAUGCCAGACUCGCACCUUAUACUUGCAAGGGACUUAUUGGAUACAUGCUAUCAGACCUACGUGAUGAAUCCCACACAUUUGGCUGCAGAGAUCUCGUAUUUUGCGCUAACCGAAAAGGACGAUCAGGACAUUUAUGUGAAGCCAAACGAUGCCCACAACCUGUUGCGGCCGGAGUUUGUGGAGAGUCUCUAUUACUUCUACUCAUUAACUGGCAAUCGGACAUACCAGGACAUGGGAUGGAAAAUCUUCCAGGCGUUUGAAACUCACGCUAAAGUUAAUGCUGGCUACACAUCGAUGGGAAAUGUAAAGAACACGCAGAGCACGCGUCUGCGCGAUUUGAUGGAAAGCUUUUGGAUGAGCGAGACCCUGAAGUACUUCUAUCUGCUGUUUAGCGACGACCGCAAGGAAAUCGACCUGGAGCAGUGGGUCUUCAAUUCGGAAGGCCAUCCACUGCCGGUCUAUCCGCUCAAGACUUAACUACCGCCUAAGUGAAGCAAUUAGGGGCAGCGCAACUUAGUUGCGUCCGCGACACUAACUGAAAGCCGAAUGGAGUUGGCGCAAUCAUGCUGCAUCUAUCGUUUAACUCGUAUUCGCAAUUUAGCGUAAAUGCCAAAUACUAUGCUAAGCUUAGAGAUACGCAGAGCAGAGUUGGCUAAUCGAAUAAAGCAAUGCCCAACGUCGGUAUGGAUCGAUGGCGAGAAAGUGUAACCACUGGGGCGACAAAUCGGGGUGCAAUAUCACCUUUUUAACGCCGGACCUCUGCUAACGAAAUUCAGUUAAAAUAUUUACUAAGUCUAUCUAUAGAAGGCCAGCUAUCUUAAUCCAUUGCCUUUGGAAGGUGUUAGAUUUGAGGUUGCACCAAGAAAAAGCUGCAUUUGUCGCCCCAGGGAUUUUUAGCCAAUCGUCCCAUCUUCCUAUUAAACAUGUCAUUUGAAAAUCGGUAGCAAUCGAUUGUAUAAUGUUCUGUGUACUGAUAAUUGUUAUUUUGUAAUUAUUUAUUUCCUACUAUAAGCACGUACUGUAACACGAUAUUGGGGCAUUGCAAACCCCUUUUUUAGACAGUAGCAUCAAUCGAAUCCGCCAGCAGGUUUUAACCUUGUAAUUUAUGGUAGUUAAACGUGUAUGUUUACGUUAGCAUGAUAUUAGGAAUCAGUUGCACUAAGCACAAAGUCGAUUUGUGUGUAAUCUUAAAGGUAGCGAAUAAACGAAUCUCAAUGAAAAUGAUCAGAACAUUUUCGAUCCCACGGCAACCUGUGAAUGUAUGUAAAACGGAGCCAAUAAUAAAAUGCAAGUGUUUUUAAAA